AAGAGCUCUUACUUCUCCCCACCACCCCGCUCGAUGCAGCGCGUUCCCAAUGACCGGCUUAACUCAUCGACGACGAUAACUAGCAAUGCAGCGGCAAAGCCGGCGAUCCUGCUCAUGCCGACCGUGCGCUGUGCAGCACCGGGCACCUGCGGCGAGUCGGUCGGGCUGGAGUGGUUCGGGCUCCCGGCGCAGUUCGAGAUCGUCGCCCUCGACAUCGAGCUCGAGGGCUACCAGAUGUACGCGGUGGAGAAGUGGAUCGUGGAGCGGGACCGGCCGGUGACGGUGCUGGUCGUGUACACCGGAGACGCGGCGCACAAGAUCACCGUGACUGCGCUGCGUCCGUCGGAGAGGCUGUCCCCCUUCGACGCGCAGGCGCAGUGGACGGACGUCAUCCACUACCUGCGCCGAGAUGGCGCGCGCGCGAAGGAGACCCCGCGGGGCGUGCUCAUGGCGACGUCGCUGGCACACUUCCGAUCCGACUAUACUAUUGUGCACAUUCCCAACGGCAACUUCCUAGAGGCCAAGCAUCGCUUGUAUGCAAACAUCAAUCUCCUGCGCACGGGGUGCGCUGGCAGGAGCACCCUCACUCUCGAAGAGCCUACGGACAGCACGAAGGAGCGGUUUAUCAAGCUGUAUGGCGUACCCGAGAAGAGCUGGAUCUACGAGCCUAACAAUGAAGACGCAGAAGAAGGAGGGCUUCGCGGGGACGACAGCUUCGUCGUGCUUACACCUCCACGAGGAUCGGCAGCUUCCCCGUCCAAGCUCUCCAAAGAGAGGCACUCCCCAUUGCAGACUCGCACGCCCCCUUCGCCCCCGGAACACAAACGGAGGAAAUCUGUCUCGAAUACGCCUGUCAUCGGGUCGAGCAAGAGCCCUGCGCUAUCCAGCAAAGCACCUACGCUCGCCAGCGUACCGAGCAAGGGGGAUGGCAAGGUUCGACCCGUAACUACCACAAACUCGGCAGCAUUCUUGGCUACUGUGCUGGAGCUCGUGCGGAUCGUUCAAGCAGCGUUAGGCGCAUUCGGCAUGUACUCCCCGCAAUGUAAUGCAAGACGACGCACUAGGUCGGCUUCAGCCUCGAUGACCAUACCGUCCGAUGGAUUGCUCUGCGACGUCACCGUCGAGGGUAUCAAGACAUGGGUCACCGAAGUUGGUGAGCCUUGUGCUGACGUCGAGCCUACGGAAAGGAUCGUAGACCCAACAGUAGUCUCCUGUCUACUCAGCCUUGUGUUGGCAAUGCGCAACAAGUUAUGUGAACUCCUUGGUUCCGCAGAUUCGCCGCCCAAGGAUCCUUUCCUCAACUAUCCCGAAUUUAUUCGCUCCAUCUCGAUGUUCGCAGCGCGACUCUCAUCGCCUCAUACCUUGUCUUUACAUACCUCGCUGUCAUCCAUCUCGCCCAACUCGGCCCACGCUUCCCAUACGACGGUCGCUACCCACCAAUCAUCGAUGACGAUGGGACACCUGCCGGUGGUGCCCAUCACGCUGUCCAUAAACCGCGAAAGCGAAGCAAAGACUGUAGAUAUCAAGCCCGAGCCGCGCGAAGUGCCCGUCACGUAUCUGUCUCGAUCCCUCAUCGACUCCAUUAACACUGCCUGGCGGAAUGCGGACGAUGACAACAAGGACAAAGAGAAGGAUCGCGAGAAGGAAAGGGAGAAGGACCGCAAGCAUCUAGAGAAGGAAAAGGAGAAAGACCGUCGACUAAUAGAGAAGUCAUCCCGUUUGACGCACGACUACAGCGACGGGAGCGCGAGCGAAGGACACUCCGGCCACCACCUCAAACCCACGCAUCUUAUAGGCAACCUCGCGCGGAAGCAUGUCACGGGCGGCAGCAUCUCACUUGGGGCUGGGGCUGUGAUGGGGCUGGGCACGAGCGGCGGCGGGGGCGAGGAGAGCGUCUACGACCCCGUGCGCGACCUCGAGCUCUUCGCCGCGAUUGUGAGCGCGCCCGAGAGCAAGCGCAAGCGCCGGGAGCGCGGCGAGCGCCACAGGCGCGAGGACAAGGACCGCGAGCGCGACGAGUGGACGAACAUGACCGCCCUGCGCGCGUUUUGGACGGGCAAGGCGCCGGCCUUCGCGACAUGCGUGCGCGCCCGCGUCGAGUUGCAGCGCAUGAAGUGGUCCAAUGAGCCGCGGGAGGAGCGGGAUGCCGAGCGGGAUGGCGCGGAGAAGGAGAAGAGCGACGGGGGCGAUGAGGUUUCAGGGCUUGAGCGCGUGCAGAAGAAGCUGGGGAGUUGGACUGGGAAGCUGGACCUUCGACAGGCUAAGAAGAGGCAUCGGGACAACGACACGCCUUUGCUCAGCCCCUCCAUUGGGCGCAAGGACUCGACGGAAAAGAAGGAAGAGGUAUUGCCGAGUGCCUACCAAUCGGAUAAAGAGGAAUACUACGACGACGACCUGCUGAGCAGCGGGCAGGCGUCCCCCGUCCUGGGCGAACACCAGAAGCCUAUGGGUCUUUACCCCAGCUCCCAAGCUCGCGACUUCCUUCGCCCUUACGGCUCGCUCUCCAACCCAACAUCCACCGCCGUCUCACCCUACUCCUCCGUCCUCAACGUCGGACACCCCGCCCUCUCCCGACGCGGGACCACACAAUCCAUCAACAUCGCCGAAGUGUCAGAAGCGCUCCUUGGCGUGUCCCAGCGCCGAAAGUACCCCUGGGGCAACCGCCCUAUAAGCCAGACCCGCGUUUCCAGCUGGAGCGACCCAGUCAGCGCGAAGGAGAUCGCCUUCAGCGGGGACGAGUCGGCGGAUGUGUUGGAUGGGGCGGCGGCGAUUGGGAGGCGGAGGAGGAAGCCGAAGACGAGGCUGUCGCAGAUCGCGCUGGAGACCAGUCGAGAGAGCGCGGGGAGCUCGGAGGGGUCGGGCUUGGGGAGUGAGGAUUCGGCUUCGCCUGAGAUGGAGAAUCGGGUGCCGAUGAAGGGCGUGCAUAGACGGCGGAGCUUCCAUGACCUGGAAUCAUUCAGGAACAUGCACGUCCUUACACCGGACCAAAUGCGAAUAGACGUCGAGCUGGGCGGCCACCUACUCAUCAUGCACCGACGACAGCAACAUCUCCAGAACGUCAUCGCAUGUCUCGAAGUCCUCACCGCCAACCUCUCCGAAACCUCCGACAAGCUGCGCGCUGACUACCAGGACCACCUCAGCGCGCUCUCCGACGCCGAAGCCAAGAUGCGCAUCGUCGCCGAGAUAGAGCAGGCGAACGCGGAGGCGGAGAAGAUCGCGCAGGCGAAGAACACCAUCCUCUACGAGUCCGCGCAGUUCCGCCUGCCCGACCUCUGGCACAUCGCGUCGCCGCCGCGCGACAAGGUGUUCGAGUAUCGAGAGAAGGUGUUUGGCACGGGUGGAAGGCGGUUCCCGCCUGGAGUACGAGGGGCGCAUGGGAGGUUCAAUCGGUUGCAGUGGACACUGGAUGGCAAGGCGCGCGCGGUGGAUCAGUAUGGACGUACGGAGAGCGAAGAUGAGGAAGAGGAGCGCAUUGAUCCGAACGGGCAGUUCAUCAUGCGCGACCGGGAGGAGGCGGAGGAGGACGUGGUCGAGCACCCGGCGAUGAAGCCCAUGUGGUUGCUCAGGCUGUUCACGAGCUGGGGAACGUGGCGGGGGAAGUCAGAAGGGAAGAAGGACAAGGAGAAAGAGGGUGCUGCUUCGUCGGGGGAGAGCGGCGAGAGGAAGGUGGCAAGUGGGAGUGGGGAGAGGAAGGAGGAUGUGGUGUCUCCCGUGUCGCCUACGUCAGACUCGACGGAUGCGCUCUCGCCAAUGCCACCUUAAUUUAUGGCCUUCUAAUUCAUGAGUCUAUGUAUAUUCAUACCCGUGUAGAUAUGCAGUGCGACAGGCUAGGUCGUUGAGGAACAUCGAGAAACUUGGAUGUCACAAAAGCCUGCUUCUAUGAUUUGUUGCCAGAGUCGAGAGUAAAGUAAUUCACAC